AUGCUAUUGACCAGACUGGGCUUGAUUACGGGUCAAAAAAGGCUGAUGUCAACGAGCAUGAAGCUACUAAAUAGCUCAAGCUCGCCUAUUUUCGAUCCAACACAAUUGAACCCUUUGAGCAACACUAAGAAGAGCUCUGGGUCGUCUUCCAAGCUUCAAAUUAACAUUUCAGCACCAGAACAGCGGUUUGCCGCUGCGUCCUUUAUCGCAUCACCUAAAGAGGAUGCUUUAACAUCAAGACUGACUGGUGUUCGUGCGGGGAGAACUGUGGAUGUAUACAACGGAGACACUGCUGGGGCCUUCAGACAACUGAACUCAGUGGUUUUCGCAAACAGGAUAGCACACGACAAACGGAAUCAAAGAUACCACGUCAAGCGAGGUAAGGCCAAGGAAAUGCGUUCGUCUCAAAGACACCGUCGUGAAUUUAUGAAAGGCUUCAAGAGGCUCAUUGAGGUGGUCAAGGACGCCAAACGUAAGGGUUAUUAG